AUGCGCAAGGCUUACUCUGCGCUGGGAAGGCUCGAAGAAACGUAUAUGUUCCCCACCGACGUCAUAUUCGGCCCGGCUCGAGGUCAAUUCCAGCUGUUGGGUCUGUGCGACCCAAAGGACCAGAAGACCGUCGAUUGCGAAAAUACAUCUUCCGGUGUCAAGCAGUCGCUGGAUGUUAACCUUUGUCAAGAUGGGGAAGGCCGCCGGUUCACGGAGCUCUGCGCAACUUAUGCGGUUCGAAAUCGCGACGUGUUUCGCAAGUUUGUGACGUUUUUAUGGGACACACUCGUCACUUUCCUUCACCAUUCCUAUGGCGUAGACGGCUGGAAAAUAAAGCGCGUGGAACCGCUCGUUCCGGCGAUCUGGACCAGAGAUUCCCACGGCGAGAAAAUACAAAACGACAUCACGAAACUCAUGGUUGAGGCUGGGUUUCCGGAGGAUCCAAUCCAUUUCGAGUCAGAGCCUGGUGCUACCGUCAGGGGUCUUCUCCAUGGAAACGAGGACGUCGAGGAAACGCUGGGUAAAGAAGGCAGAAAAGGGAGUCCAAGGGUAUUAUUAUUCGAUAUUGGUUCCGGCACAGCAGACUUCGUGGGCGCGGAAAUCCAGGGCGGGCGCGUGAUUCUGCUCAGCGAGCCAAGAGGCUGUGGCGGCGGCAUGGGCUCUGGCUGGACGAAAUUGAAACGCCUGUGCAAAGACAAAGCCAAUAACAAGGAAGAGGCAAACGACCUUUUCAACGCUGCUCAAUUACAUUUUUUCAAGAUGAGCGAGGAUUGCACUCCGUACAAAAUAGGCGACCGAACAAUCAUUUCCGCGGAUGAGUUUCGGCGGAUCACCAUUGAUGCGUACCAAGAGCCUCUCCGACUGGCGCGUGAGAUGCUUCUGGACAUCACGAAUAUCGACUAUGUCAUCUUGAGCGGCGGCGCUUGCGCUUCUAACUUUUUUAUCAAGGAAAAAUGGACGGCCUGUAUCGAGGACUGGCGCCGAGAGUUGGAACGGCAAGGACGUGAAAGCGACGCCGGAUUUGGAGUCAUCAUUGCGGACGCUGAGGAUGCAGAUCAUGCGGGGGCCAGGGGCGCGUCGUUGCAGUACGACGAAAAUCCGAUGGAGGAAUUCGAAAAAUCUUGCUUUGGCAUCAUUGUCGAAGGUUACUACUACGGUCCAGGCGCGCCAUCGAGGACUGUGGAGCGUAUCAAACCGCGGCGAAGACUUCUGGCGUUCAAGAACCCUGGAUCCAGUCAAUUCGAAACCAAGUACGAACGAAUGAAGAUCAACACGCAGCCCAGUGCCUUUCGGAUUGAGCCUCAUUACGUUGUUGAAAGCACUCAGUUGGAGGAGCAUUCUCUCGACACGGAAAACCAUGCCUGGGAUGUUGAUCGCGCCAUACCCAUGAAUGAGGUGCCGCUGAAUCUCAGCGGCAAAGUGAGGACAGGUGACACUGUUAAAAUCCGUUUCCGUUGGGGAGAUCUGGGGAAGACACUCAUCUUCGAAAUGACUUGGCGAGAGCGGCAGACCGGGCGGCAUCGGCGACAUAAGGAAGCGCUGGGAUUGCUCAAGGACAAAGACAGACUAUUCCUCAAAGUCAAAGGUGCUUCUAGCGAGGGUGUCGGCGAUGUCGCAGACACAAACCAAGAGACCGCGGUCGAUGAUGCUGGCUCAGCUGAAGCUGGCCGAGAAGAAGAUGAGCACGCCAGCGCAAUUGGCGACGACCGCAUGGUGACGAAGUACAAGGACCAUCAAGUCACCGACCAAGCCAGCAGGGGAAGUAAUUCGCUAUUGCAUGGUGCGUCGCCGGGCACCGAGGGCACCGGACGGGUUGUGAAUGGUGACCAAGAUGCGAGGGUCGGAACCGACUCGGAGGAAUCCGAGCACAGUCUCGCGGACAGCCACCAGGUCAACACAUCCGACGCUGGGCCGGAAGCCGACAAGGAUGUCGAGGUACUAGCCAGCUCUGUUCCGGUAGGCCAGGAUGAGGUGUCCCGUACACCCUCGGAUGAGCAGUCAACGACACUGGUGCCUGGGCGGUCAGCCGAAAAACACAGCGAGGAAUAUCCCAGCGUAGAGGCAGACCAGAUUGUGGAGAACAUCGGUCAAAACGUCGCUGGGUCAAACCUGCCCGCAAGAAACGCUGAUGAGCAGCAUGGCCUCGGACGAAAGGCCCGGCCGACCAAAGAAGACCAGAGGGAAGCGCAAGAGGCUGCGCAGCCGACCUGGCAUAGAGAGUACGCCGCCGAAGCACAAGAGAGCGAAGGGAAAGGCGGUGACUCCAGAGGCGUCGAGAACUUCGCCGAAGACCUAGCCAUCAAAAUCAAGCCCUCCUAG